AUGGAGUCGUCAAAGACAGUGAAGAGCCUGCACGAAGUUGAGACUACCUUUGUAGAGAACAAAGAGAACAAAGAUCAACUAGAUGUUGCAGACGCCGACAGUCGCAUUCGUCGCCUGGCGCAGGAUGCGCCGCCAUUCUACCGAAAACAUAACUUGAUGAACCUGUAUUUGUUGAUGAUACCCGGCUGUCUUGUUCCAUCGGUGACACUCGGGUUUGACUCUGCCAUGAUGAAUGGACUCCAGGCCGUUGGAACAUGGAAUGAAUAUUUCAACUAUCCAAGCGGAAGUAUUCUCGGUCUGCUUACUGCGAUUCUGUCCUUGGGUGCUAUUUGUGCAACUCCGUUCAUCAGCCUAGUCGGAGAUCGAUGGGGCAGACGCAAAGGGAUCCUACUUGGCUCAGCCAUCAUGGGGAUUGGCGGUAUCAUCCAGGGUCUAUCCGUUCACAUUGCUAUGUUUCUUGUUUCCCGCUAUCUAAUCGGAUUCGGGCUUGUAUUUGCCAACACUUAUGCGCCGAUCCUUAUCGGCGAACUCUCCCAUCCAAAAGACCGCCAGGUGGCAACCUCUCUAUACGAAACAACAUGGUAUUUGGGUGCAACCAUGGCUGCCUGGAUUACUUUCGCAACUUUUCCCAUCCCCAAUAACUGGGCAUGGCGCAUUCCAUCUCUCGUUCAAGCGGUACCGGCCAUCAUCACGGCAGCUUGUGUGCUUUUUCUACCAGAGUCACCCCGUUGGUUGAUCGCUAAUGGUCAAAGCCUGAAAGCGAAAGAUAUCUUGAUCAAAUAUCACGCAGAAGGUGAUGAGAAUGAUGAGUUAAUGCAACUGGAAUUUUUGGAGAUGAAGCAGGUCAUCGAAGCAGAUGUGGUGGCUAAUGAGAUCUCCUGGCGCUCCUUGAUUUCCAACAAGGGUAAUCGCCGGAGGAUGUUGUUAAUGGUUAUGCUGGGCGUCUUCUCGCAAUGGUCUGGGAAUGGCUUGGUUUCAUAUUAUCUCGCACGUGUUCUGGACACAGUGGGUAUCUCGAGUUAUAAGACGAAGAACACAAUUAAUGGGUGUCUGAUGAUUUGGAGUUGGAUCUGUUCCAUUUGUUCCGCAUUUUUGACAGCUCAUUUGCGGCGCCGCACCCAAUUUCUAAUUUCCACGGCGGGUAUGCUGGCGGUAUUCGCCAGUCAGACUCUAUGUGCAGGCUUGUUCAACGAGACAGCAAACCAUGCAGCUGGGUAUGCUGUUAUCGCCAUGCUCUUCCUGUUCUACACUUUCUACAACUUGGGGUUCAAUGCUUUGCUUUACUCCUACCCUGUGGAGGUUUUACCUUAUUCAAUCCGGGCCAAGGGGUUUACGGUGCUUAUGUUCUUCGGCAAGGCUGCGAACUUUGUCAACGCCUUCGUGAACCCUAUUGGUCUGUCUGCGAUUGGAUGGAAAUACUACUUGGUUUAUGUUGGGUGGCUGGUUGUAGAGGUUUUGGGAAUUUAUCUUUACUUGGUGGAAACCAAGGGCCCAAGUCUAGAGGCAAUUGCUUCUCGAUUCGACGAGCUAUGA